GUGGGAAAUUUAGUUUGAAGGUCUUUUCUCUGGUUGGUUGCUGUGAUACAUGGAGAAUGCAGUACCGGAAUUUGCUCGUCGUCUGUAUAAAGAAUGGCGUGAUUUUGUGGCCACGCCGAUUGACGGAAUCGAACUUACUCUGAAUGAACAGGACAUGACAGAAGUCCAGGCUUUGCUGGAUGGUCCUGUAGGAACUCCAUACGAUGGUGGGAAAUUUCGCCUCAAGAUAGUCAUUCCAAUGCAGUACCCUAUCGAACCUCCGAAAGCGUACUUCUGCACGAAAAUAUUUCACCCGAAUAUCGCACCAGCUACUGGAGAAGUAUGCGUCAAUACAUUAAAAAAGGAUUGGAAGUCAAACCUUGGCCUACGACACAUACUUUUAACAAUAAGGUGCUUGUUGAUAGAACCAAAUCCGGAAUCAGCUCUUAAUGAAGAAGCUGGAAAGCUGUUAUUAGAAGAUUACAAUGAAUUCAGGUCUGAAGCUCGGCUUCUCACAGAAGUUCAUGCCUUCUGGCAUGUUCGAGAGCAGUCCAAAAGCAGCAGUGGAAAGACUAAUGCUGGCAACACGUCAUCCAAUUCAUCUGAUCGUACACAAUCUAAAGUUGCUCAACAUAAUGCUUCCUCAAUUCGGAAAGCGCUCAAAAGACUUUAAUCCGUGGAAAACAUGAUAUUUCUUGUCUUGAGGGUUGUAUUGUGUUUAUGUCACUUUGUGCAUUUAUGUAAAUUAUUUCGAAUUUAGUGAUUGCUGUGAUUAACGUCUAGUUACCGUUAUUUUCACAUUAAAAGGGAAAUUGACUCAGCAAGC